AAUGUUUUUUUAUAUACUUUCUAUGUGUGGUUCUGUCGCUUGCACUGUGGUUUUGUAACCAUAAAGCGAGAUGGCAAAACCAAAAUUUGAGAAGAAAAACAAAUCUGCCAUCAAUGAAGUGGUCACUCGCGAAUAUACCAUCAACCUACACAAAAGGCUUCAUCGAGUGGGAUUCAAGAAAAGGGCACCUCGGGCCAUCAAAGAGAUACGCAAGUUUGCUUUAAAGCGGAUGGGUACACAGGAUGUGAGGAUCGACAUUCGUCUUAAUAAACAAGUUUGGUCGAAGGGUAUAAGGAAUGUGCCCUUCAGAAUCCGCGUGCGUCUCUCCCGGCGCCGCAAUGACGACGAAGACUCCCCUCACAAACUGUACACGCUGGUGACCUAUGUGCCUGUCCCGUCGUUCAAGGGCCUGAGGACGGAGAACGUGGACACGAGUCAGGAAUAAGGGAUGCUUGCUACUGUACAUUUUUAAGUAAUAAAACAUCCUGCUUAAAUGUCA